AUGCAUCAACCGCCACCCAACUCAGCCACACCCCCCAACGAGCCGCAAAUCAGCGUGAACGGAACCCAACUGCAAGUGGUGGAGAACUUCCCGUACCUGGGCAGUACUCUCUGCCGCAACACCAAGAUCGAUGACGAAGUCGCCAACAGGAUCUCAAAAGACAGUCAAGCCUUCGGUCUCCUCCAAAGCACAGUUUGGAAUCGUCACGGUCUCCAACUGAACACGAAUCUGAAGAUGUACAAGGCCGCCAUCCUGCCGACGCUGCUAUACGGAGCGGAGACUUAG